UUUCGUACCCAACAAAAACAAAUUUGAUGGGUUUACAAGUUCAUUAUGAGCAAAAACUUUAGACAUAUUAUGUAAAAUAACGAAUAAAUUCCCCGAAAUAAAGUAGCCAGCUGUCAGUUGUUGGAACCAGUGACUCAGCGAAGUGAGUCACCAGCUGGCGAUUGGGGUUCUUUUGCACACGAUCGGUGGGGGCGUGAGCAGUGUGUGGUGGGCGCUCGUGGGAGAAGGUUUGGGACGCAAAAGUUUCGACCGUGCUUUCACUUCAGGACUAAAAAAUGAAGAUUUGGACAUCGGAGCACGUGUUCAACCACUCGUGGGAGACGGUGAGCCAGGCCGCCUGGAGGAAGUACCCGAACCCGAUGAACCCGGCCGUCGUCGGCAUUGACGUGCUGGAGCGACGCGUCCAGGAGGGCCGCCUCGUUACCGACCGGCUCAUCAGCUCAAAAUGGGGCAUUCCCGGCUGGGCGGCGAGUCUGAUCGGCUCGCCCAGUGUCUGCUACGGUUACGAGCAAUCCACCGUCGACCCGGCCCAGCGCCAAAUGGAGCUCAAAACCAGGAAUAUCACUUUUGGCAGCAGCAUCUCUGUCGACGAACGGCUGGUGUACUCUGAGCACCCGGACGACCCGUCAAAAACGCUCCUGCGUCAGGAGGCGGUCGUCACCGUACAGGGCGUCCCGCUCACCGACUACAUGGAGAACAUCCUCACCAGCAAGAUCUCGGCCAAUGCUGGAAAGGGCCGAGAGGCUAUGGAGUGGGUGAUCGGCAAGAUCAACCAGGAGGUGCACGAGCUGGCCACGGCCACCAAGAGCGCCGUGAAGACCACAGACGAGCUGCUCCACUCGGCCAAACACUCAGUGGACGGCCUGGCCGAGCGAGCGCGGCAACUGGGACACCUCACCGACGGCAUCACCGAGAAGGCCAAGAACAUUCACCUGACCAGCGAGACCACAGCCAACCAACGACAGCUAUGAGAAACGUGCCACUAGGACAUUUUGUAAUUAUUAUUUGCGCUGGUUUAACGGCGCUAGGUAGUUUCAACAAAUCAAUGCGGUGCGCUGAGCGGACUGAGCCGCCGAUGCGCGGUUGGUGUUCGCUCCGUGCUGGCUGUUACGUGUGAUAAGUACGGAGAACGGGCCAGCCGAGCCGGUCCCGGUGUCAUGGCAGGCCUCAAUUGACGGCGCUGUUAGGAUGUUCUGCCGGAGGUAGGUGCUGUCGUUUUGAAUUCGCUCUAUCCCUGUUGGCAGUUUUGUGAAUCAUUUAGGCAUUUGAGCUAUAUUCGGCAGAUCGACGCGAUCGUGCGGCCCUCGGUGUUAGUGGUGUCACGGCUGGUUUAUGUAGCCCAGUUUCGGUCAGGUCGGGACGCUUCUGGCCUGGUAAUCUCAAUCGAUCCCGCACUGGCACAUCGUCUACUGCUCGUUUUAUUGGCCGUGACCCCACUGCGAACUGAUCGGAGACAACUGCAUCUCAGGGCCGUUUGACAGACAGAUUGACGUGCAAACACACAGACACAAAGAGUUACGAGUGCGUGCUAGUCGUGCGAGCGUCAGUGUCACUCGACAUGUCAAGUCAUGCGUGAGCCCGAUGUCGCUUGUCCCGUCUCGUGUUGUUUCUGUGCGCGUGUGUAAAGAUCACCCCACUGCCGCCGCGGAUCAAAGUGUGCGCGUGUGAGUGUGACCCGACCCCCUGUGGCGGACGGCUGUAGCCUCUGCCCGGGAUCGGACCGGGCGGCGACAGAGCGACUCAUUGGUCUGAGACUCACCGCUGAGAGAGCGCCUGUCGCCGCCCGAAGGUGCGUGAAUAGUGCCACCGCUCGCACCAAUACAGCCAUUCCAACGGGCCCAGGA